CGCAUGGACGUACUCAACCUCAUCAGUGAAAGUCCCUCCCGAUUUAGGUAGCCCCUGUUCGCCAGCACGUCAAUGCACAAUGGACACAUGAAAUGAUGUAGCCCGAGUGUCUUUCCUGCCACUCGGUGACGCGACACGAGCUGAGCGAGUGCACUCCGCUCCCGUGACAUCACCAAAAGCCAUGAAAAAACCCCGGGCCACACACACCACACCGUUCAGCAGCACAACCAUUAUCCAGAACACGAGGACAACAGCCCCCUAGUCUCCCUCUCCCCAAUUGUCCCCUUCCGCCUCUCUCCCUCCUCCCGUCGCGGCAUCAUGACCAGGCUCAUCAUACGGCACCCGAUAAAACACCGCCCGAUAGACCGGCUCGUUGUUGGCGAUGCGGCCCUUCUCCCUCUCUGUCGCCACACCCAGGGGGUUCUGGUCGGGCUGCCCCUGCCAGUCGUCUGCUGCAUGUGUGUCGACGAAUGCGGGGUGGGCGUCGAAGAGCUGCCGCAUCUCUACGGCCACCUCGAAUAUGUCCGACUGCAGGAUGAGGCGACCCCCGACCACCAGAUGGCGACCGAUGAUGUCCACCUAUACGCACAGAGGGAGGGGACCGUGAGAGCAUCUGUUUCUUCGGCAUGCCCUUGUGUCCUUAUAUAUAUCUCUCUCACCAGCUGCUGGUUGACCAUUCGCCGUUUGUGGUGCCUCUUCUUGAAGUGGGGGUCGGGGAACUGAAUGGUCACGCACUCGACACCACCCCUCGCUCCUGCUGCCGGCUGCUCGACGGCGGUCUUGUCAUUAGUGGUGCAUUUGGGGUGUGUGGCGAUGGAUGGCGGGAGGGGGUGGGGUGAGGGGGGCGAGAAUGCCUCGAUGUCGGUGAGGAUGCGAUCGAGGUUCACAUUGACGUUGCAGCCGAUGAAAUGGGCGUUCCUUUGACCUGUUCAUGAAUGAACGUAUGAAUGCACAGACGCACGGAGAGAUGUGCUUCUGUCUGUCGGUGUGUUGUGUGCUGUGUCUUGUGUGCGUGAAUACCUACCUGCUUUGUCGCGUUGGCUGAUGGCGUGUUCGACCACCUUUGUCCUGAUCUCCACCCCCAGGUAGUUGUGCGACGGAUACUUCUCAGCCAUCGCCAUACAAAAGUGACCAUACGCACUGCACAGACGAACAAACCACCACACACACACACAUCAUGCACAUGUGGAUGCCCGUGAUCUCUCCCCAUCUGCGUGCCCACCCACCUGCCCAGGUCGACAUGCAACGGCAGCGACGGCUUCUCAAAGACCUUCUCGGGCCACCGGUCCUCCAGAUCCACCGGCCGCUGAUGGAACGGGCUGAACGGGUUCACGUGGUUGCGCGGCCGCCGGAACUUGCCGCGACUCCGCUUCCCGCCCUGACGGCCACUUGGCUGCCCGCCCUCCUCCAUCUGCUCGUCGUCGUCAUCCCCGUCCAUCGAGUCGCUUUCGUCCUCUUCUUCGAUGGUUUGUUGCUGUUGCUGGUCAGGAGCACGCUCCUUGGUGGCCACUUGCUGAUCCAUGGCGAGGCGGGCGGUCUUGAGAGGGGGCUGCUGCGUGGAGUCGUCUGAUGCGGACAUGCUGCUUGUGCUGCGCCUUGUGUGAGUCAGAGCUGGCGGAUGAGGUGGAAGGAAAGCUGAUGACGUGCGGAUGACGAUAGAUGCAGCCAAGCGGGAAAAGGCGAAGAUGAGCAAGAGGCUGGCAUGCAUCCGAUGCAGCCACGGCUUCGUUCAGU